GGGGACUUCAAGGCCAUCUAAUCACCCUCCCCCCCAUCAUCUCGUUUUUCAGGGGGAAACGGACCCCGGACACCCAGGAAGAAGAGAUUUGGGGGCUCCCCCCCUUUUCACAAGUCCCCAAAGCCUGUAACUCCAGCCUCCUCUUUGACCUCAAGAAGGCAUAGAAUGUCUGUAAGAAACCUGAGAUGGAGCCUUUGGCUGCUCUGCUUCCUCACAGUCGCCAUGGUCUGGUACCUCAACCUCCCCUCCUACACCGUGAUUGAGAGCUUCAACUGGAUGUAUUUCUAUGAGUACAAGCCCAUCUACCGGCAGCAAUUUGCCUUCACGCUCCGGGAGCAGCUGCCUUGCUCCGAGCAGGACCCAUUCCUCGUCAUCUUGGUGGCCUCGCGCCCCGCAGACGUGAAAGCCAGACAGGCCAUUAGGAUGACUUGGGGUGCAAAGAGGACUUGGUGGGGACAGGAAGUGGCCACGUUCUUUUUAUUAGGCCACCAAGCGGAGCCAGAAGAGAACGUGCUGACCUUAUCCAUACGAGACGAAAGCGCUCUCUACGGCGACAUGAUCCGCCAAGACUUCAUAGACACAUACGACAACCUGACCUUGAAGACAAUCAUGGCCUUCAGGUGGGUGGCGGAAUUUUGCCCUCGUGCCAAGUACGUCAUGAAGGCGGACGCCGAUGUGUUUAUCCACCCUGGAAACUUGGUGAAAUACCUUUUGACUUGUAACCAGUCCGAGAACUUUUACACGGGCUACCCGUUCCUAGAGAAUUAUUCCAAGAGGGAAUUUUUCAGAAAAACAUACAUUCCCUACGAGGAGUAUCCUUUUAGGACGUUUCCGCCGUACUGUAGCGGCCUGGGCUACGUGCUCUCCGUGGACUUGGCUCUCCGAGUUUACGAGAUGAUGGCGCACGUCAAGCCCAUCAGACUCGAAGACGCUUACAUCGGGAUCAUCUUGGGCAUCUUAAAAGUAGACAUUCAUCUUCCUGAGUCCAGCGACCUCUUUUAUUUGUACUGGUUUAAGUUCUGGUUUAGGUUUAAUACCUGCAAAUUCAAGCGCUUGAUUGCAGCCCAUGGCUUUUCUCCCAGACAACUCAUUCAGUACUGGCAGCUUGUGCGAAAGGGAGACACUUGCUGACCCUCCAGUUUGCUCUGGCCAGACCAGGAGAACCCACAAAGUUGGGCUGCGAACUCA